AGUUCUUCGCGUUCAUUUCAUUCUUGCCCUCAUUCCGCGCAUACUUCACAUCGUUGUUAGAUACUCCAAAUACUCGCGCUCUUGCGCUCCGACAAGAAAAAAAAGUGAUCAGCUGGAAAUAAAUCAGAGCGUGCUCUCGGUCCGAUUGCUCAGCAUCAGACACAUUUAAAAGACUAAGAUUGUGCAAACAUCCGCAGAGAUUUUCAUUGCUUGUGGAGGUUCAGAAAACACCUUUUCCUUCGAUCCGUGCCAGCUAGUUUACCACGGUUUGGUUGUAACAGUCAGUGUGCCUAGAGUUCUCCAGGCUCGGGCUCCGAAAUCCCAGCUGUUGCCAUGGAUCCCGGCAGCUGGAGUGGCAGUGAAAGUGCCGGCGAGGAUAUCGAGAGGAUGAGUGACUCGGCUGAUAAGCCAAUGGACAACGAUGCAGAGGGUGUGUGGAGCCCUGACAUUGAGCAGAGCUUCCAGGAGGCCCUGGCCAUCUACCCACCCUGCGGACGACGGAAAAUCAUCCUGUCUGAUGAGGGAAAAAUGUAUGGUCGUAACGAAUUAAUCGCCAGAUACAUCAAACUCAGAACGGGAAAGACACGGACGAGAAAGCAGGUCUCCAGUCAUAUCCAGGUUCUUGCCCGGAGGAAAUCCAGAGAAUUUCACUCCAAGCUAAAGGACCAGACCGUGAAGAAUGAUGCGAUCAACAGGAUGGCGGCCAUGUCUUCAGCACAGAUCGUCUCAGCCACAGCUAUCCACAGCCGGCUGGGGCUCGCGGGACUCCCCCGCCCCUCCUUGCCUGGGGCGACAGGGAUUUGGCAAGUGUCAACAGGGCAGCCUGGUUCCUCACAAGAUGUGAAGCUGUUCGCACAGCAGAAUUACCCCAUCCAGACGGCCACAGCCAUCGCAGCUUACGAGUCCCCCUCCUCCCUGGCAGCCGCAGUGCCGGCGUGGCACGGGCGCUCCAUCGGCACCUCUAAACUACGGCUGGUGGAGUUCUCCUCCUUCCUGGAGCAUCAACGGGACCCAGAUUCUUACAACAAGCAUCUAUUUGUGCACAUCAGCCAGACGAAUCAUUCGUACAGCGAUGGGCUCCUGGAGACAGUGGACAUACGUCAAAUCUACGACAAGUUUCCUGAGAAGAAGGGUGGGCUGAAGGAGCUGUUUGGAAAAGGACCUCAGAAUGCCUUCUUCCUGGUCAAGUUCUGGGCCGACCUCAACUGUAACAUCCUGGAGGAUUCUGGCGCAUUCUACGGCGUGACCAGUCACUACGAGAGCUCAGAGAACAUGACCAUUACCUGCUCAACUAAGGUCUGCUCCUUCGGCAAACAAGUGGUUGAAAAAGUUGAGACAGAGUAUGCGCGGUUUGAGAACGGACGUUUUGUGUACAAGAUCAACCGGUCUCCCAUGUGUGAAUACAUGAUCAACUUUAUCCAUAAGCUCAAGCACCUGCCUGAGAAGUACAUGAUGAACAGCGUACUAGAAAACUUUACCAUCCUACUGGUGGUGACGAACAGAGAAACUCAAGAGACCCUACUGUGCAUAGCCUGUGUGUUCGAGGUGUCCAACAGCGAGCACGGCGCUCAGCAUCACAUCUACAGACUGGUCAAAGACUGAAUCUCCUCGACUCACACGAGUACCACUAACAGCAGACAGCCAGUGACCCGCUGCCCACAGAGAGUGAAAAAAACUCAACAGUGGAGACUUUAAAUUCACUGAGGCUUUUAGGCUACACAGCUGAUGACCGCCGAGGGACUAAGAAAAGCCUUUGAAUGACUCACGACAUCGUUUUAAGUGGCUGUGCCUCUGUCAGUCCCACCCAGAAGGCUUUUGUCAUGUUUUGGGUGAGGUCUGGAAUGAAUAAUUACGUUAUGAUUUGUUUAUCAGUUGUGUAUCGGUGUUUAUUUUUCAUUAACCUGUUGUAUGGGUGAAAUGGUACGCUUUUGUUACUUUGUUCGGCUGUCUGUUUAACUUGGUUGAUGUUUUAAACCAACAUUGUGUUUUUGAAAGAACAUUGCUUAUAUAAAAUCGUAUUGUCAUAGUACAUGAAAGCUUUUUUCUGUUGUUCAACCUUUUAUUCUCACACUACAUUUCUUCGCCCCUGGUAGUUUUUGACCUUUAGUGGAUUUAACUUUAAUGAAAGAGCAUACAAAGGUACUGUAUUAUUUAUGUGGAACUACCUGCCUUACACUGCACACGGGCUGUUCCAGCGUGACCUACAGUUAUAUAUAUAUACUAAAACACUAAGAAACAGGUCAUUUUCUUAAUAGAGACUUUAAAAACAACAACAAAAUUCAACCCUUUGUGAAUUAUCUUUGCAUUAAAGCUUAUGUAAUGCAAUUUUCUGUUUAAAAUCAUAUCCCAGAUACAGAUACUGUGAGUAAAGACGUUCAUCGGUUAAUUUUCGCGAAAACUAUAUAAAGAUUCUCUCAGUUGCGCUAUAAGAAAAAUUCCCCCACCUAAACUCUGAUUCGACCAAUGGCGUGAGUUGGGGGCGGGGUUUCCUGUUCCAGCUGUUCUAAAAACAAAUAUUUAUUUUUGAAAUUCCAUUAGUUGAUAUACUUCAGCUUUAUGAAACAUGCGUUUUUUCUUCUUAUAACAUAUCAUAUCAUCAUAUAAGAACAGGCUACACAAAAAAGGGAAUUUAUAUAGCAAAACCACCAAAGCAUAUCGUGCCUUAGUGUUUAUCAUCGCAGACUUCGUCUAAUUGUGAGUAAAAGCAGGCUAUAUAACCUCACUUAACGUAUGUAUUUUGUCCCACAUUUUUGUCAAGCCAGUCUAAGUGAAGUUAGGUCUCAUCUCGCUCUCGUACACCAAAUAAACACAUUCUAUAACUUCUGUUCAUGCCAAGUGAAAGGUGUUGAAAGUGCCUUUUGUGUGUUUUUCCAGCUCAGAAAAUUGUUGACACCAAAAAAAAAAAAAAUUUAAUCGAGUCAGAUUUGGAUUCUAUCACCAUAAUGCCUUUGACAUUUUAAAAGCGGGGAGAAAAAAUUAUUAAAUCGAAAUCUGAUAGAAAAAUGUUACUGUUCUCUUAUUUUGAUGAAAGGAUAUUUUAAUUUCAGUAGGAAUCAAAUGACAGAUCAGGAAUUUCUUAUCUACAAUAAGAAAGCAGGUCGUUAUGGUGUCAUGUAUAUAGCGGAAGGGAUUUCAUGUACAUGAAGUGACUUUAAUUACAAAGACAAGCAGACUAAUGAGGGACAGUUCACGUGCUUAAAGAGCCGUUAUUACUCUGGGUAAAAUGACUCCUGAAUCUGAAUCAAACUGUUGAUCUCAGUCUUAUUUAAAACAUUAGAUUGUGUUUUGUUUGUUUGUUUUUUGUCAGCCAGGUUUUACAUGAUUUGCAAAGUAUCUGUUAGUAAAAUGAGCAUUAAAAUAGAACACUAAUGUGUA